GCUGGGCUCCACCAAGAGACUCAACAUCAACUACCAAGACUCAGACGGCUUCUCAGCGCUGCACCAUGCCGCUCUGACGGGCACCACAGAGCUGCUGUCUCUGCUCCUGGAGGCCCAGGCCACGGUGGAUAUCAAGGACAUCAAUGGCAUGCGUCCCCUCCACUAUGCAGCCUGGCAGGGCAAAGCAGACUCUGUCUUAUUGUUGCUGAGAGCCGGAGCUUCAGUCAACUCCCCCUCCCAUGAUGGACAGAUACCGUUACAUCUGUCUGCUCAGUAUGGACACUACGAGGUGUCUGAGAUGUUGCUGCAGCACCAGUCUAAUCCCUGUCUGAUGAACAAGACAAAGAAGACUCCUCUCGAUCUGGCCUGUGAGUUUGGGAGGCUAAAGGUGGCUCAGUUGCUGUUGAGCAGUAACAUGGUGACAGCUCUGCUAGAAGGUAAUGGAGGCCAUGACGGCAUGGACUCUCCAGCCACCACUCCCCUCCACCUGGCAGCCAGGAAUGGACACAAAGACAUCAUCAAGUUGCUGCUCAAAGCUGGUAUUGACAUCAACAAAGCCACCAAAGCGGGGACGUCUCUGCACGAGGCUGCCCUCUACGGCAAAACAGAGGUGGUGCGACUGCUCCUUGAUGCGGGCAUCAAUGUCAAUAUGCGCAACACUUACAACCAGACAGCUUUGGACAUCGUCAACCAGUUCACCACCUCCACAGCCAGCCGGGAGAUCAAACAGCUGCUGAGAGAAGCAUCUAACUCUCUCCAGGUCAGAGCAGUGAAGGACUACUGGAACCUCCACGACCCCACCGCUCUCAACCUCCGGGCUGGAGAUCUCAUCAUGGUCCUGGAGCAGCACUCAGACGGUCGCUGGAAAGGUCACAUCCAUGACACCCAGCGGGGGACGGACCGGGUGGGCUUCUUCCCCCCGUCAGUGGUGGAGGUCCUCAGCAGACGAGCAGGGGGCGCUCUGUCCUGCCAACCAUCACUGUCCUGCCAACGACAACACUUUACGUCCAGAGCUCCUCCCCUCAGCCACGGCCCCGCCCCCCAGAAUGAUGACUCAUACCCCCACGGCUAUGACCCCACAGGUGCUCCACCUCACAAUCAGCUCUCAGCCCCAGCUAGUCCUGCUAGCCCCACUCAGGACAUUUGGGUCCUCAGGAGCUCUCCCACUGGUGACAGGAACAGCGUUGGCAGCGCCGGCAGCGUGGGCAGCAGCCGCAGCGCCGGCAGCGGUCAGAGCUCAGAGAGCGGCUACAAACAGAACGGGAUUCGCCACAAUAAUGACAUCAGCAAGCUGGCUCCCUCUGCUGGUGAGUCAGGAGAACUUCUCCACACAUCAGGAGCAGAACUCAGCAAACAGGCAGACGGAUCCACAGGUGGUUCCCGUCGGCAGGUCAACGGCACUCCUCAGAAAGGCUUCAUGAGGCCAGAAGAGCUCCUGGAGGGGAAGGACUCUGAGGCCAUCUACCAGUGGCUGUGUGAGUUCCAGUUGGAGCAGUACACAUCUAACUUCAUUAAAGCAGGAUAUGAUGUGCCCACCAUCAGCAGGAUGACCCCCGAGGACCUAACAGCCAUCGGAGUGACCAAACCAGGCCACAGGAAGAAGAUCUCCAUGGAGAUCGGAAAACUGAGCAUCCCAGAGUGGCUUCCUGACUACAUCCCUUCGGAGCUGGGGGAGUGGCUGAGUGUGAUCGGUCUGCCUCAGUACCAGAAGAGACUGUGUGACAACGGCUACGACUCCAUUACUAUCGUCAAAGACAUCACCUGGGAGGACCUGCAGGAGAUCGGCAUCACCAAGCUGGGCCAUCAGAAGAAGCUAAUGUUAGCAGUGAAGAGACUCAGUGACCUGCAGCGCUCCCGUAACCACGGAGACCGAGCCGGAGGCGGGACCCUGCGACGGAAGCCCCCCGCCGCUCUGGAGCUGGUCGCCAUCGAACACACACCGACACACAUCGCUCCGUCUGACGACUGCUGCUCCUCCCCGCGCACCCCCCGGGCCCUGCUCUCCUUCCAGGACAGCGAGUUGAGCGCCGAGCUGCAGAGCGCCAUGAUGGGCCGGGCAGCAGGAGGAGGAGGAGCUUCGGAGGCCUUCGGCAUCAGGGGCGUGGCCUCUGCAGCGGUCGUUUCUGCCAUGUCGGUCAGUCAGGAGAGCAUCAGCGUGCGAUCACGGGGAUCGGGGAACUCUGGGAACUCUGGGAAUUCUGGGAAUUCUGGGAAUUCUGGGAAUUCAAGUUCAGGAUAUGCACAAGAUCAGCAAGCUGCAGCCAGGAUGUCGAGCCGAUCGGAGGAGAGUCUGGGUGGCGGCGUGGAGGAGGCGAAACGUGGAGGCAGCAGCCCAGGAGACCGAGGUCGCCAGAGGCCCAGAGACACGUGGGAGCACGCCACUCGCUCCAACACCCCCAACAAACUCCCCUUCUCCCCCCUGACUCCUCCCCUAACUCCCAGUAAGAUGCCCCGCUUCGCCUACCCGGCCGUCCCGCCCAAAGCCAAACACUUCCAGUCCCCGAACCGGCCCGGUCCGCCCCAGCACCCCUCCCCUCCCUCUCCAUCGCAGCCUCCCCCGACCCAGAAGGCCUUCAGUUACCUCCACGCCCAGGCAGGAGGCGCCAGCGGGGCCCCGAUGGCCGGAGCCGUCCCCCUGCUGGGCCCCUGGCCGCCACAGGGGCCACACAAGAAGCGCGCCCAAAGCCUGACCCGCUACGCUUUAUCUGACGGAGAACCGGACGAAGAAGACGACCCCGCCCUCCCCCCCUCCUCCACCUCCUCCUCUGCAGUCAUGCCCUCCUAUGCUACCUUGUCACGCCGGCCGGGUCGCGGGCACGCCACCACGGCCGCUACGGGGUCCCAACGCCACAUCAACCGGAGCCACUCCUUCGCCAUGCGGUCCCGCCACAAAGGCCCGCCCCCGCCGCCGCCCAAGAGGAUGAGCUCGGUGAGCGGCAGCCCCGCACGGCAACCUGGCAACGGGAAAGUGGGGGAGGAGGCGGGGAGAGGAGGAGUGGAGGAGGGGGCUGCAGGCAGCGUGAGGAGCAUCGCCGCCCGGCUGGAAGGAGGAAGCAGCAGCAGCAGUCCGUCCAGGAGGAUCGAUAUCCCACCCACUCAUAUCUUACAUUCUCCUGUUUUUAUCCCCCCGAGUCCACACGGGAUGAGUCCUCACAUGCACCCUAAACCGGUCCCCGCUCUGGGCCUGGGGGGUCUGAGGAGGACAGGAAGUGAGAGGACAGAAGUAGAGACUAACAGACAGAGAGGAGGAGGAGGAGGUGCAGAGGGAAUGCAUGAAGAAAAAGCGAGAAAAUGUGUCUCAAAAAGCGCUUCUGCGUCUCCGAACCGCAGCUCCUCCGGCGACCACUUACCGUUCGCCGAGGAAGGCAACCUGACCAUCAAACAGCGUCCCCGGAUCGCGGUUGUCACCCACCGAGACGCCGAAGUCACGACUCCCCCGGAGCGCCAGGCCCAGACCCCCGGCAGCCCCCCCGAACAGCUCCCGGAGUUCAACCUGAAGGAGUCGGACACGGUGAAGCGACGACACAAACCCAAAGACAAAGACUCGCUGACGCCCGAGGAGGCGACCUCGCCCAGCAGAGACUACGCCCACCCGCUGGCCCACCACCCGCCUCAUGAGGUUCGGGCGCUGAGCGAGGACGACUGUCACAGACUGGAGAACAUGUUUAGAAGAGUCGGUUCUAUGGGGAAAGGCCCGAAGCCUCCAGUGUCCUCAAAACCUCCCAGUCCUCUUAAACAGGCGCCCAACAGCAAACCAGCAACGCCCCAGAAAACCGUUUACACAGUUCUAACUGGUCCACAAACAGCCAUUCCUAAACUAACCAGUGUUCAGAUUCACACGGUGAAUCCGAAGCCGGGCGGCAGCACACACACGCAGCCAUGUUUAUUAUCCAGCCCCAAAACUAUGAACCCACGGACAGAAAGUCCACAGAAAGUUGCUGGAGAGUCUGGAUCAAGACUCCAUCAGACCGGAGGCGUCUCCGCGGCAACAGCAGGACUGAACCUCACCAUCGUCCAGAGUGUUGCGUUCGCUGCCCCGUCCCCCCCGGCUCCGGCCCCUUCAUGCUCCCCCUCGACCCCACCGGGUCAGGCUGGUAAACCAGGGACCCCCCCGGGUGGUGCAGCCCACCUGGAGGUUCUGGCUCAGAAGAGGCUGGAGCGGACCAGUACGUCACUGGAGGCUGCUCUCAAAGUGGUGGAGAACAAACUGGCACAGGGGAGCAACGUGGACAGUGGCAGCAGCAGCUCAGUGAAGGCAGCAGGAAACAUUCUGGACGACAUCGGCAACAUGUUUGACGACCUCGCCGACCAGCUGGACGCCAUGUUGGAGUGACAUCACCAAAACUCUGCCUCACAGAGACCAACAGACUAUAAACAUGUAGAGGGAGGAGCCAGCAGGCAGGAGGUGAAGAAGAACCAGAGACUCCUCUUCAUCACUCUGGAUGGAGCAAUAACAAGAAUAAACACAG